AUGACCUACAAGACAUCCAUCAACCCCGCCGUCAUCAAUUUGAACGACACAGACCACUCCACCAUCUCCAAUGAGCCCGCUUCCGAUCCCGUGGUCGCUUUCCCUCCGAUCUCGUACUCCUCGAACGAGGGCGAGGUGGCCACGGUCAAGUUCUCGGCGACUGCACUUGACGUUGCUCUUGGUACGACUGGAGUUCUGACGGUGACUUUCAUCGAACCUGCCGGUAUUGAUGCGAAGCUUUUCCCGAUCUAUGGCGGAUACAUCAAUAUUAUCGGCUCUAACGACGAGUCUCUGCGGGUGACAUGCGCUGGUAUUAAAGGCAGCGUCCAAGAUAGCAAAAUUUGGGCCGGCGAAUGGAUUGACCCCGUCAUUCAAACCCCUGACUUUGUGCUAAUCCAAGAGAAUGAUACCUUCAAGAUGACUAUCGAAGACACCUUUACCAUUGACUUUGACAUCCUCUGGCCUAGUCGUGAGUUCAGCUUCGAUCAUUACAACCUCAUCUUGGACGCCUACUUUGAUGCCCCCGUUCAACAGUACCCGCGCCUGCCCUCGAGCACCUGGUGGCCGAGCGGCAACUUCUCGCACGGCAGUGCGAUCGAGAGCGGCGAGUACAAGAUCAUGUCGAGGGCGCUCCGGACGUAUGGUGAUGACCACAACAUUAGCGACUGGCAGAUCAGGGUCUCGCCCAAGAUCAUCGUCGACAAGGAUAAGGCUUGA